UGAGCAUUAGAUACGUGCAAAGGACCUGGCUGAGCGGCAGAGACGGCAGCUCCAGUCCGCUCCCUCUCUCCCCUGCGCUGUUCCACCGAUGCGACAACACUGUCCCGUCUUCAUCUUCUGACAAAUUAAACCCAAUGACUCACCUUUACCGGGGUCCAUCAUCAUAAGAUCACUGAGGGAGCGCGUUCACGCAGAGCACCUCUCCUUAAUCCCCAAAGAGGAACAGCUGACAAAGGAACGGAACAGCUUAGAAGCUUAAAGGGUUGACAAAAGCUUCUCCAGGACCAGAACUGUAUGGAAACAAGAUGGAAGGAUUCCUCGCCUCUCUGAUGAAGUAGAACACUCACUCCCACACUCCCACCCUCCGUUUCCUCUUCCCUCACUUUCAAAGGGUUGCAGAAUGGACGAGCAAAGAUGCCCCCUCCCGCCCCCGCUCAAAACAGAAGAGGACUACAUCCCUUAUCCCAGCGUUCACGAGGUUCUGGGCCGCAGAAGUCCUUUCCCGCUCAUCCUGCUGCCACAGUUUGGAGGCUACUGGAUUGAGGGGACCAACCAUGAGCCUAAAGACACACCGGAGGCCGAACAACCUCCCGGUCCUGCCUCUCAAGUCAAACUGGAGACAAACAGCAUGGCCAAGAUCUACAGGAAGCAGUUCAUGGGCAAGGAACACUUUAAUUAUUACACCAUGGAUGCUGCUCUGGGACACUUGGUCUUUUCCUUGAAGUACGAUGUCAUCGGGGAUCAGGAGCAUCUGCGCUUGAUGCUUCGCACAAAGGUAAAAACCUACCACGAUGUGAUUCCCAUUUCCUGCCUUACCGAGUUCCCCAACGUGGUUCAGAUGGCCAAGCUUGUUUGUGAAGAAGUAAACGUGGAUCGGUUUUACCCCGUCCUGUAUCCAAAGGCGUCAAGACUCAUCGUCACCUUCGAUGAGCACGUGAUCAGCAACAACUUCAAGUUCGGUGUUAUUUAUCAAAGAUUUGGCCAGACUUCAGAGGAGGAGCUGUUCGGGAACAUGGAGGAAAGUCCUGCCUUCAUGGAGUUCUUAGAGUUUCUGGGCCAUAAGAUCGAGCUUCAUGACUUUAAAGGGUUUCGGGGUGGGCUGGAUGUCACUCAUGGUCAAACGGGGACAGAGUCCGUCUACACGACUUUCCAUAAUAAGGAUAUUAUGUUUCAUGUGUCCACCAAGCUGCCUUACACAGAAGGAGACUCACAGCAGCUGCAGAGGAAGAGGCACAUAGGCAAUGACAUAGUAGCCAUCGUGUUCCAGGAGGAGAACACUCCAUUUGUACCGGACAUGAUUCAGUCUAACUUCCUGCAUGCUUAUGCGGUGGUACAGGUGGAGAAUGCAUGUACGGACAAUGUCAUCUACAAGGUGUCUGUGACAGCACGGGAUGACGUACCUUUCUUUGGGCCCGCUCUACCUGACCCAGCCAUCUUCAAGAAGGGUCCGGAGUUCCGUGAAUUCCUCUUUACUAAGCUCAUCAAUGCAGAGUAUGCCUGCUACAAAGCAGAGAAGUUUGCAAAGCUUGAGGAGCGCACACGUUCGGCCCUGCUGGAGACUCUUUAUGAAGAGCUGCACAUAAACAGCCAGUCCAUGAUGGGUCUGGUUGGAGAUGAAGAAAAGCUGGAGAACGGUGGUGGCGCAGGAGGAGGAGGAGGAGGCUUCUUUGAAUCCUUCAAGCGGGUCAUCCGCAGCAGAAGCCAGUCUAUGGACGCCAUGGGCCUCAGUAACAAGAAGUCACACACAGUCUCCACUAGUCACAGUGGCAGCUUUACCCACAAUCCCGCAGAGAGCCCCAAAACCCCAGGGAUUUCAUUGAUCAUUCCUGGGAAAAGCCCUACCAGGAAAAAGUCUGGACCGUUCAGCUCGCGUCGCAGCAGCGCCAUUGGCAUCGAGAACAUCCAGGAGGUCCAAGAGAGGAGCCGGGAGGUGUCACCCAGCACUCACAGGAUGCCGGACAGCACCCACUUUUCACAGGAGAACAGAUCAGACAACUCGUCCAAUCACAGCUCUCCAGAGUUUGCAGCGACUAAGAACAGUGCGGCGAUGUGUUGCAGGGCGCCGUCCAUCCCAGAGGGCCAGGACCUUUCUCGCUCGUCCUCCAAUGCCAGCAGCUUCGCCAGCGUCGUGGAGGAGAACGAGGGCGAUGAGGACUACGAGACAGGACUGGAGAGUGUGUCUUGUGUUACCCCGAUCAAGAAAGACUCUUUUGUGUACAGCUCUGUGCUGGAUGACAAUACAUGCAGUACCAACCAGGAAAGUUUUUCAGCUCUUCAUCUUCAGCAGCAGAGCGACACAGUGAAGACAUCAGAGCCAAAAGGGACAGACAGCCAGGCCAAGACGGAGCGCCCCUCCCAGGAGCACAAGUACUCAUCGAACUGUUAGCCACACUCCUCUGAUCACUACCACUGAUGUCCAUCUUCAGCAUUCCCAUAAGAGGCAUCUUUUUACCGAAAGCAAGCCGAGGGCAAGUGAUCCGCACUGCUGACAAAAAAGAGAAUCGGGCCAGAGUCCAGAUCAGCUGACCAACAGAUCUUUCUCUGUAUGUUUGGCAUGCCAAGAAGAAGACACCCUGCUCUGGAUGUCUACCUACCCUAUCCCCCUCAGUCCAGCUCCACGUUGGGACCCUCGUUGAAUCCUCAAAGCAAAGGAAACAAGACCCUCCAGUGCCCAUCCAGCAUCAAUUCUGGCCGUCAUGAAGUCAGGCUGCCUGCUCAUUCAUCAGGCCAGUAAUCUCUAAAACCUGAGUCUUCAUGUAAACUCUGAAGUGGUGAUCCGUCACAGAUGAGGAUUUGAACACGGGGUUCACCUUAUGGUGAAAGAAAUCACGAAUGAUCAAGAAGGCAAUGAUUGCUCGGGGGAACACUGGGUCUAUCGAGAAGAAAGCUUCAAUGACUGAGAGAGUUUUUUAACGUCAUCCUCAAAUCCCGCUGUGGUAUCGACAUGGGCUGUCCUGGUUUUGUGUGUGUGGUGUGUGUGUGUGUGUGUGUGUGUGUGUGUGUGUGUGUGUGUGUGUGUGUGUGUGUGUGUGUGUGUGUGUGGUGUGUGUGUGUGUGUGUGUGGUGUUGUGUGUGUGUGCUGUCUCUCUGGCCACUUUUUGUUUUAUUGAUGGUCUUUUCGUCUUUUUCUGAGUACUCUGCAGUGGAAAUUUGUCUUGUUUUAUGGCACUUUGAUUCAUUUGACAUGUCUUUAAAUGGGGUUCUGUGAUGCUGUUGGAUGUUAGAGCAACAGUCACCUUCCUGGUGGAUGGGUGAACCUGACCAAGUCUGUAAACAGAGCGAUAUUAACUCAUUCGCAUAUUUGAAUGAUACUUCUAAAUUUAACCUCUUGGUGACUACUUCCUAGCUGCCGGUAUUCUCUCCACAUUGUUUCUCUGGCGAUUCUUAAAUAGCACUAAUACAUCGCCACUGAUGCACUACGUGACUCUUGCACCCCGUUCACUUGUGAAAUGUCAAGGACCACAACCUCACAGGUCCGUAAGGGAUUUAUAAACAAGGAAAAAUCAUGAGUUAAAGGAUGACCACAGUGAUGUUGGCCCGCUAAAUGGCCAAAGCGGUUAUUAACAGAAGCAGAGCGAAUGAUCACAAAGGUCUUUGACAGUCUAUCACUUAUAAUCCUUAUAAUUUAUACUAGCUGCAUGAUACAAAUGCCAACAAGUGAGCAGAGGAAGUACUGGCAUUUAUUCUUUAUUUAAAGCACUAGGUAGGCGACCAGAGGGUCAUUUUUAAAUAUGGUGUUCCACUAUCCGUCAUCUUUCUCUGCAAUUCUCAUUAAAAAAAUUGCAAACACAGCCUCACAAUGUUACAACAGUAUUGAGCUUUCCAUCCUGGUCCAAAUGGCCGCAGUGUGAAUAAGGUGAAAUGAUUUGCAGACCUCCUGAUUUGAAGCAUCAAAUUUGGCAUUUUUCCAUCAACAUCUUUGAUUUUAGGAGCUAGAAUGAACCACUGUACAUUUGCUUCUCUUCAAUUCAGGUUGAUGGGUCAAUGUGGUAGCACAGCCUAAAGCAGAUACUGCUUUAAAGUCUGCUCAACUGAAAUUAUGACCUUAAUUUUCAAAAUAAAUGUCAUGAGGUUUUAGCACAGACUUGGAACUAUAUAACGAGACCAUAAACUAAUCGGAAAAUUGCUAUGUAGGCAAUAAAUCAACUGUAGUUAAUUUCUGAUCUGCUUCCAAGCAGCCUGAUAUCUUUCCUGGUUUCUGCUUACUGGCCGUUAGAGAGAAUGAAGGCUUGAGGUACUUUUUAAAACCAAGAGGCUACAAAAAGUCUGAUUCAACCCCCACUGUCAGGUAGUGCUGAAGAAUUUUGUCUCCAGAUACUCUGCAAAUCCUCAUUCAACACCAUAUGUUGAUUUUGAUGUCUGUGUCUGGGUGUGUGUGUUAUAUAACAGCGGUACUGUGCAUGGUGGUAAAUCUGCUUGCCAAUAACCUCUCCUCUGUAAAGUGGUGCAGCUUGACUUCAAGGUGUUGUCUCUGUAAUUUGUGUUUUACUGAAAACCAGCAAACAUCUCCAGAUGCAGUGCACAUGCUGAUAGAGAGCCAAAUGCCACAGUUUUCGUACUUUAUUGCUAAUGUGUAAUAUAUGUACGUGAACUAAAGCACUACAUUUCGGAGCUAUUUCAAAACGCUGACCUUUUGAAAUACCUGAUUUGUUGCUGAGUAAGAAUACACUGUGACUCGUGCUUGAAGGUUUGCCUUUCUAAUGAUUGUGUCCUGCGGGAGCAGCUUUUCAGGAAGUUGUAUGUAAAGGCACUGCAUUUCUUGAAUAUAAAACAAGGCAGGUAUGUAGUUUAUUUGUACAUAUCUGCUCCAAUGAAUGGUGAUACUGUGAGGGACUCUUGACUGCGGUACACAAGACUCUGGAACAUCUCCUGAGCAGAGAGGCUUUUUCCUGUCUUCGGUUUGUUAUGAAGGAAGAACCGAUACAUGCACAGUGUUUUAUUCAAUGAUUUGACUGAAGCAAACAUGAGAUUCUUUGUCUACAUGACAUUAUUUGCUUUGCAUUAAAGGUUAUGAAAGUGCAAAAUGUUAAAGGCAAUGGACCAAACACAAAACAGCAGACAAACUGUAUUCUUCAAGCAUUUUAGAGCUACAAAUGGAGCACAGCAACAUUUCGACUACAGAAACAAAGGUCCAUUAUAGUUGUAAUGAAGCAUUCUGAGCCUUUGAAAGGGAUUUGUGAAAUUGUUUUCCUCUGACUUUGAAAUGCUUGAGUAGGAUAAAGUGUGCCCUCUUGUGGCUCUGACUUAUUAUAGCACAUUGUGUGGUACUAUUCUUCUAAACUGUGCUUGCACAACAGUUUGUUUCAAACCACAAAGAUUGGGAGUGAAUCAUCUUGUGCUCAAUUAAAGUGAUUGUAUCUCUGUCUGCUUAAGCCCUUGUUCGAAAGAGUUGUUUGUAAAUAUUGGUUUUCAUCCUUUUGUAAAUAAAGCCUACAAAAAUGUUUAAUAAAGAUGAAGAUGCAAAAAACAAA